AUGGAAGAAAUUCAAGAAAACAAUUUUUUUUGCAAAUUCUGUUAUAAGUCUUUUCCUUGCGGUAGGUCUUUAGGUGGUCACAUGAGAUCUCAUAUCAAGAAAACUAAAGAAUACAAGAUACUUCCUUCAUCUUCUUCUUCUAUUGUUCUUGAUGAUGGUAAUCGAAACGGAAGUACUUUCAUGGUGGAAACUGCUGAACCUAGUGCUGGUGUAUAUGAAUUAAGAGAAAAUCCUAAAAAGAGCUGGAGAUUGAGCGAUUUAAGUGACGAUAAAGCUCUACUUGGUGAUGAAGGAGAAGAGGAUUCAUGGACUACUAUUGAUAAUGAAGCUGCUGUUCCUGAUCAUCUAUUGAAGAAGAGAAAAAGAACAGCUAGGUACGAUUCUACUACUAGUUCAUCUUCAUCAUUUUCUUUAGUGAAUGAUUACAGUAACUUAGAAAUUGAGCAAGAACAAGAAGAGGUAGCUAUUUGUUUGAUGAUGUUAUCUAGAGAUGUCGGAUAUUGGGGUGGUUUAGAUUCAGUUGUAGAAUCUUCUGGUAAUAAUUUCGGGUUCAAGAAAGUAGAAUCACAAGAUUCUGUUGAUGGGUUUUAUAAGAAAGAUGAUUUUAAGAAGCUGACGAAGAACCAUACCAAAGUUGUAUUUAAGGUGUUUGAUGAUUAUGUUGAAUUAGGAAAAUACCAAUGCACAACUUGCAACAAGAUAUUCCAUUCUUACCAAGCUCUCGGUGGUCACAAGUCCAGACAAACGAAGCUCAAAAGCUGUUUUUCGUCGAAAAUCGAGAGCAGCUACGAAACUAGGAUGGAAACAGAAGUUUCCCAUCAUUCUACUGCUGCUGAAAGUGAACCCACGAAACCUUUCAUCCUUGAUAUCCCAGUUGUGAAAGAGAGGAAACUUAGCUGCAUUGUCAAGAAGGGUGAAAAACAUGAAUGUCCAAUCUGUUUCAAGGUUUUCUCAUCUGGGCAAGCUUUAGGUGGUCAUAAAAGGUCUCAUCUGGUUAAAACCGUUGAAAUUCAGACUACUACAAUUCCACAACAGCAACCCGAAAUGAACGAUCUACUUAAUCUUUAUCUUCCUGCUCCAAUUGAAGAAUAA